AAUAUAAAACUUUUAUUUUUUUUAAAUCUAAUAAGAUAUAUGUUUGUGUCACCACUCUACUAGAAACAAUAGAAUUGUUUAUUUGCUUUAGAUAAGACAUAUGUUAAAGUCAAUGCCUUGGAAAAUGAUAAGCUUAGAUUAUAGAACAAAGAAAAUUGAGAUUAACACAAAUGUCUUAAGGGUAUGUUCAUAAGAUAUGCAAUUCAUAUAUAUCUUACUUGGAUGGGAAGGUUCAGCUACAAACUUUAGGGUUCUUCAAGAUGCAAUCUCUAGAAGAAGUGGUUUAAAAGUGCCCAAAUGUAAGUAAAGGGAUGACGUAUGUUAAAUUAAUUAUUAUAGGGUUUUAUUAGUGUUAGCUUGAUAUAUUUAGUUCUUGAUACAAAACUAUUUUCUUAUCAUAAGUUUUUACUAUUUAUGUGAUGCUAGAUAUAUAAAUGGAGAAGGAUUUUUAACUCCAUAUAGAGGUGAACGAUAUCAUUUGAAUAAAUGGAGGCAAAAUCAAACUCCUCAAUCAAAAGAAGAAUUGUUUAAUUACAAGCACUCUAGUGCUAGAAUGCUAUUGAGAGGUGUUUCAGAUUUCUUAAGAUAAGAUGGGCAAUACUUAGGGAGAGGUCUUGGUAUCCACUGAAAACUAAAUUCAUAAUUAUAUCAGCUUGUGCUUUGUUACACUAUCAUAUUAGAAGGGAAAUGACACACGAUCCACUUAAGGCUGAAUUCAAUGAGGCAUAUGUCAGACUAGUAGAAAUAGAAAAUGCAUAUAUGAUACAAUACAUUGAAAGCUCAAAUGAAUGGAAAAAUUGAAGAAAUAACUCGGCAAAAGAAAUAUAGGAUGAUUGGUUAGCUUCUAGAAAUGAAACAUAACAUAAUAGUAUAUUUUCAUCAUUGUAAUUAUUAAAUGUUAGGGUUUUUAGUUUAGGGUUGUUAACCUUGACAAUGUUAUGGGGAAAUGAUUGUAUAAAGGUGGACAUAUUUUGCAUAGUUUAUGUGUUGACGGGUUUAAGGUUCUUGCAACUUUUAUGUGAAAGGGUGUGAAGUUCUUUUUGUAUACACCUCUACCUCUCAUGUACAAAAAGCAAUUGCUAACAUUUUGUUAUUAUAGAUAGAAGGAACAUCAACUUAAGGAUCACAAAGGCAAGUAAGAGAUCCACCCAUCAAUGGAUUACUCUUGAAGAUGUAAUUCUGAUUGAUUGUUGAUUGGAUCUUGUGAAAGUUGGUGGUUGCUCUAAAGAUAAUGGGAUUUUUAGGCCUGGUUACUUGCAACAACUUGAGAAAUGGAUGGUUGAAAAGAUCACAAAUUGUCAAAUUAAAGACAUCCCACAUAUACAAUCCAAAAUGUGGUUAUUACAGUCACAAUAUAGGAAAGUUGCAGAAAUGCUAGGCCAUUUUGCUUUUGGUUUUGGGUGGGAUGACAUGAACAAAUGUGUCACUUGUGAAGUUGGCGUUUGGAAUGGAUGGGUGAAGGGUCAUCUAGCUACUGCAGGACUUAAAAAUAAGCUUUUUGUGCAUUUUGAUAAGUUAGCAAUUAUAUUUGGUAAAGACAGGGCAACUAAAGAAAGAGUAGAAGCACUGACGAAUGCUGUGGAGAACAUAGAAUCCGAAGAAGUCGCAGCAAGGGCAACUUCAGAUGCAUUCAAUGGAUUGGGUUGUGAAUAAAGAUGAUGAUGUGAACUUUGCCAACAUUCUAGAGAUUUUGUCAAGUACUCAACCUGUCAAUGCCAACAUUGAGACAUCCACUAUCACAACAAGAAAGAAUUCAGUGUUGCCUGGGUAAAUUCAAUUCGAAAAAAAAAAAGAUAAAACCAAAUCUGAUUGUAGUGGUAGUGAGGAAGUAGUAUUUUUUAACAAUAUAAGUGACUUGAAGGAUAUUUAUCAAGCUACAACUAUUGAAAUUGGUAACUUGGCCCAGUGUUUUAAACACUUGGUUGCUGAAGAUGACAGGACUAUGGAUGUUUUUAGAUCUGUAAGGGAUUUAAAGGUCUUCAAGGGUUGACUCUUGAUGAUGUUAUUACGGUUGGAGAAAUUAUCUGCACUGACCAAAAGUUGGUUAAUUACUUCUACAGCAUGUCAGAGGAAUACAAGAUCUUUUAUGUGAAAAGAGUGCUUAGGCUUAGAAUGGACAAGUAGUUAUUAGUUUAUAAAUGUUAACUUUUUUUCGAUUGUUGUUUGGUCAGAAUUGUAUGUUUAUUAAUGUUUGCAAUUUCAAGGUUGUUUGUUGUAAAGAAUACUUGGUGUUUGAAUGGAUGUUAAUAUAUUAGGAACUU